AUGACCAAUUUCAAAUUAAAAAUAAGGUGUAAGGAGCAUAAAAAAAACAAAUUAAUAGGUAUGUGUAACAAUAGUUCCUGCUUAAAAGACCCUCUUUUCUGUAUCGAAUGUCAAAAAAAAAAUCAUUCAAAUCAUUUAUAGGAUUUAAACAACUUUGGUGAUCUUGAGCUUUUUCUAGAAUAAUUAAUCUAUAAUUGGUCAAUUUAAGAAAGAAUUACAAGAAGUGCGAACUAAAAAAGUGAAAUUUCAGAAGUUUAAUUAGAACAAAAAAUUAAUGAAUUUAUUUUAACAAACAAUUAGAUUUAACCCAUGGAAUCAGUUGAUUUGCAGUUAAAUUUAGAAAACAAUUAAUUGGAGAAAUUAUAAAAUUAAGAAAUAUUAAUUUAAGAAAAGUUAGAACUUCAUUAGUUUUAAGAAAAAGAUCAAAGUAAAUAUCAUGAAGAGAUAGUUCUUGUGUAAUAUAAAUGUUCAAAGUGUUAACAAUGCUUUAAUGAUCCUUUGGAGAAGAUUGAAAACGAAAAUUAUUGUAAAGAAUGUUUAAAGUGCCAUGAAUGCAAUGGGUUUGAGCCAAAAUAAUCGGUAGGAUCAUUUUUUUUUCAUGAUGAUUCUUUAAAGAUAUCAUAAAAUUCAGUACUUAAAAAAGAAAUGAUUGCUUACAUAAAGAAAUAUUUUGGUACCAGAUAUAAAAAAGCUGAUAUUAAUGAUAAAUCAAUAUUUUUUCAAGCUGAACGAUAUCCUUGUUUAUAAUUAUAAUAUUACUCAGGAUAUGUAAUUGGGUAUAAUCAUCCAAUUAUUAAAAAUAAAUUAAAAAUUGAUCCAAAUAGAUAUAGUUUAAGACAAGAAUAGGCUGAUAAAUAUUUAAUUGAAGAUUUAGAUUAAUUUGAAAGAGAGCUAUAUGUUUAUUAUUUAAGAUGUGGCAGAAAACCAGAUGAUAUUCCAGAAAAUAUCAGAAUGCUAUUGCUUUUUAUUCUAUUCAUUUUUAAAGACUUCAAUCUUGUUCUUAAUUUAGCUAAUCAAUAAACUUAUAACUAUCUCUUUAUUGAAAUUUCUAGAUACUACUAUUCAAAUGCUCAGUAAAUUCUAAAAGGUAAGGUUGAAAAGGCAUUAGAUUUCUUUAAUGAUCGUUUUCAUAAAACAGAUGGAAGCAUUAGAGAAAAAAAUGUAAUUAAUUAGAUUAAGAAAAUGUUACCCACCUACAAAUGAAACUGAGUAUUAUUCUAAUUUUUUGAUAUACAACAAC